AGAGCCUCCAGCCAGUUCGGGGGCUCCAGACUCCAGCCACACUUCGAAUCAGCGCCAUGGCCCCAGCCACCCAGCCACUCCUCCGUGCAGCGCUGCUUUUGCUGCUGCUGUUGCUGGCCACCAGCCACCAGGCUACAGGGGCAGUUGUGGCCACUGAGCUGCGCUGUCAGUGCUUGAAAACAGUAUCCAGGAUUGAUUUCCAGGACAUUCAGAGCUUGAAGGUGACGCCCCCAGGACCCCACUGCACCAAGACAGAAGUCAUUGCCACUCUCAAGAAUGGUCAAGAAGUUUGUCUCGAUCCUGAAGCCCCCUUGGUUCGGAGGAUCAUCCAAAAGAUACUGAACAACGCCAAGUCCAGCUGAGCCGGGAAGGGAGGAAGCCCUGGUUCUGAUGGAGGACCUGCCUCCUAAAGCAGAGGAGAAAAGUGACCCCCCCCAAGGCCAUCGAGAUGAGGCUUCUUCUGCUUGCUUUGAAUAACUCCUGAGAACCCAUAUUUGUUUAUUUUUCCCAAAUUCUAUGUUAAUAUUUUAUAUGUAAAAUAACUAAGGGUAUAAUUGAAUCUGCUUGCAAGAUGCCAUCAAAUUUACUGUUUAUUUAAUAUCAAGUCUGAGUUGAACCAGUCCUCAUUCUUAAUUGGGAGGUUAAAGGUUUCCAUAUUCUCUCAGGGAAUUAUAUUAAUAUUUCUGAGGCAGUUAUUCCAUGCUGACCAUUGUGUUGGUAGCUGGGGUAGUGAAUGGGCAAAGGUAGUCAUUUCGAUGUAGGAUGAAUGUGUGUGCACAUCUACUUUGUACUGGUAAAAGACUAUCAGUUGUUAUUUAUUGAAAUGGUUUUACAGCAUCACAGGGAAUGAUCAAUUUGUGUUGAAGCUUUAAGAACUGCAAUGUUCUAUAUAUGCCUUAGACAUUUUAAGUGAUUUCUGUAAGACACAAUGCCUAUUUAAUGUCUUAGAACUGAGAGUUUUAAAUAUUUAUUGGUAUUUUUACAAAGAGUUUGAAAAUAAAAUAUUUAAAAGUA